CGGGGUGAGAAGGCCGGGUAUGCGGGUAUGAUGGGGGUAUGGAAAAGGCCCCGGGUGUGACUCCGCAGGUUUUGGAGGGGACCCCCAACAAGAAGAGCGCCGCUCGUGUUUGCCAGACAGUAACACAUUCUCCGCCGUAAUCAGCAGACAGAACCUUCCGUGUAUUUCCUCAAACAGGAAGGUAUUGAAUCUCCCUUGUGUGCGUGAACCAAGUGUUGUGUGAAGAAGACUCUUUUUGAAAACCUCCUCUCUUUUAACUCGGCCUUCCUGCCUCCUCGAGGGCGAGACAAUUCGCGCCUUUCUAAAGGAGGCCGGCUCAAAGCAGCCCUUGAGGAAGAAGCCAGAAUUUGGGGAAAAGAACGGAAUAGGACAGCAGAGAGGAGGAAAUUCGGAAGAAAAAACAAAACGGGAAAAAAAAGGACGCCAAACGAACGAACGGCAUUUUUCCGGGUAUUUGCUGUGGCAACCCAAUCAUGGCUUCUGAGAGCUCGACACCUUCUUCGACUUCCUCCUCGACGAAGAACAGCAGCACCAGCAGCAGCAGCAAUAACAGCAUUAACAGCAAUAAUAACAGCAUCAACAGCAAGAAGGAUGGCAACCUUGAAGACGCUGUCUCUAAACUGCUCGAAGGAUACGACUGGACUAUGCUACCCAUGACCCAGAAGUCCUCGCUGAAGCACCGUGCCCACAUCAAGCGACCCAUGAAUGCCUUCAUGGUGUGGGCACAAGCUGCCCGAAGACGCCUCGCUGACCAGUACCCUCAGCUCCACAAUGCGGAGCUUUCUAAGACGCUGGGGAAGGUUUGGAGGGUCCUCAGUGACGAAGAGAAGCUGCCAUUUAUCGAGGAGGCUGAAAGGUUAAGGUCACAGCACAAGAAAGACCAUCCCGACUACAAGUACCAGCCCCGUCGAAGGAAACCACCAAAAACGCUUAGUACUCUGAUGGAAACGGACCCCGCUGCUUCUAUGUCUUACAGAGUUCAAGGUGGCUUAAUGGGAGGUGCUGGUACGUACUGCCCUAGCAUGGGUAUGGGCCUUCCUUCUCCUCAUACUGCGCCCCCAACGCCCCCCAAGACCCCCCAACACCAGCAUAAUCCCAGGGCCACCUCAUCCUCUGGCGCGACAAGUAGUCUGAGUGAAUCUGGCGGAAGGAGUGACUGCAGUUUUGGUAAAUCUUCUGUCUACAGCCGUGACCCUCACUCAGUUCACGCCCACCCGCAUUUCCCAGGACUGGACGCAUCCAAGGCUCAACUCUUCAGCCAAGGCACCAACAGCGGGAGUCACAACAGCGCAGUAGGCAACAGCAGCAGCAACCAGUACGCAGACCCUACCAGUCCAGGAACCAAGAUGGAGGCUGCCAUGGCCCUUCAGGCAGCAAGGAAUAACUUCUCUGCCUCCUCCUCCUCCGUCGCUUUCCCCUCCUCGAAUUCAUCCCCUGGUUCAAGUGGUACUUCUGCGUCGUCAGCAGCCUUCUUCAGGGAUGAUACGACAGCCAACAUGGCAGCGAAUCUAAUGCGACCUGCUUUUGGCCAAGAGCUCUUCCAGGGACACAUGUUUGCAGGGUCAGCGCAUGCGCAAGGAGCAAUGAAUCUUCAGGGUGCACAAUCCUUUUACCACUAUGGUGCGCAGGGCCUCCAUCCUUAUUACAUGACACCGAGAUAACCAAGCUGUCACUCUUUUGUUUGCUAGAAUAGAUAGGUAUUAGGCCAUCCUAAGGUAUACUCUUAACAAAUGUAACAUUAACGCUGUAACUACCAUGGAUCUUCAAAGGAGCAACCAAGACGCCAAGGACCGGGGUUUCAUAACAUGAAUUCACCCUGUCCUCUGAUAAGGGUUUCCAUUUAGAAAUGUACUACACAGACUCAAGCAGAAGCCGAAAAGGAUAAUGAGGCCCACUGAACGUGCGUUUUAAGUAGGUUGUUAUCUAUUUUUGGCCCUCCAUAGCCUUGCUCGAGACAGCGUUAAUAAAACUGAACGUUAACGCACAUAUCUUCCGCUUUUUUUAAGCCUGAUGUGAAUAUCAGUAGUGAAAGGCGUAGAUGAAUGCAGAAGACCAUCAUCAGUUAACUCCUUGUUGAUCUGUUACCAGGUAAACAACGCUUCGUUUAAACCAAAGUCAUUCGGAAGAGGACUCAAGAAAAGGUAUCUCUGUAACUGGAAAAGCUCUCUCGACUUUUACAACUCUCAGAAUCAUUAACCAUAAUCGUGCCAUGUUUAAUAAAUCUU